CAAAUCACCGCUCACUCCCUUAUCAAUUAUCAAAACAAAAGAGGAAAAAGACUAAAAAGAUCAUCACCACCAUUCAUCAUCCAUCAGACGCAAAAGUCCCCGAGAAAAAAGAGAUUUUUCUCUGCGGUCCGCCCCAGUUCUGAUUUUUUCUUUAAAAUGUCGAUUUCUUGCCCGAAUUUCGCCUCCCAAAUUCUCCGCUCACACGCUUCGUUGAUUGCAAGAAAGAACAUUUACGCUCCCCAGGAUGUGGGAAUUUUCCCGUCUCCUUCACACACAAACCUCCGCCCAACGUUAAGUAACUACCCGUUUGUCUUCCCUUCAUCUUGCAACUGUAACCAGACCUUUUCUUCUACCACUGAAGAUUAUUACAGGAAUAGUGCAUUGGAAUUCGACGACAUGGACUUGGGGAAGUACUCGAAAGAGUUGGAAGUCGCAGUGAAAGCCGUGCAGAUGGCGUCUUUGCUCUGCCAGAGAGUUCAAGAAAGCUUGCUCUCCAGAAGCAAUGACCACGUCCAAUCCAAGGAUGAUAAUUCUCCUGUUACGGUUGCUGAUUGGAGUGUCCAAGCAACUGUGAGCUGGGUGCUAACAGAGGCUUUUGGGAGUAAAAAUGUAUCAAUUGUUGCUGAAGAAGAUGUUCAAGCGCUGUCCAAGGCGGAUACAGUUGGCUUACUCGAAGCAGUUGUGAAGACAGUGAAUGAGAGUCUGGCAGAAGCACCUUGUUUUGGUCUUAGUGCGCCUUCCUCGGGUUUGAGUGCUUCAGAGGUUCUAGAGGCCAUCAGUAGAUGCAACUCAACUGGUGGGCCGAGUGGAAGAUUUUGGGUGCUGGAUCCAGUUGAUGGUACAUUGGGGUUUGUACGUGGUGAUCAAUACGCAAUUGCUCUUGCUCUGGUUGAGAAUGGUGAACCUGUUCUUGGAGUUCUUGGAUGCCCAAAUUAUCCAAUGGAGAAGGAAUGGCUGAGCUACAGUAAUGGAUACCGCAGAAUGCUAUCCAAGUUGGCCUCGCCAGCAUUGGGAUUUCCAGGUAAAGGCUGUAUAAUUUAUGCAAGAAAAGGAAGUGGUAAAGCCUGGAUGCAGCCACUACAUCAGAAGGACAAGAAGUUUAUUUGGCCAAACUCUGCAAGAGAAAUCAGAGUCUCAACCAUUGACAACCCAGCAUUGGCCACCUUUUGUGAACCAGUUGAGAAGGCAAAUUCCAGCCAUUCGUUCACUGCAGGAGUAGCUCAUAGUGUUGGACUUAGGAACCAACCGCUACGUGUGUAUUCCAUGGUGAAAUAUGCAGCCAUAGCCCGGGGAGACGCUGAAGUAUUCAUGAAGUUUGCACGAGCUGGUUACAAGGAGAAGAUAUGGGACCAUGCAGCCGGUGUUGUUAUCAUUCAGGAAGCGGGUGGUGUGGUAACUGAUGCUGGAGGUCACCCCCUCUGCUUUUCCAGAGGUAUGUACUUAGAAAAUCUUGAUCGAGGUAUCAUUGCUUGUUCUGGAGCUAGCUUACAUGAGAAGAUCCUUGGGGCUGUUGAUGCUAGCUGGAACUCUUCUAGCCUCUAAUUUCUCCUGUAUAUUACCAUACCAUUACAGGUGUUAUAUUGCAGUAUAUAUGUGAUAAUUAUAACAUGGGGCAGAGAACAAAUACAUGAUCGUUAUCAUCUGCCAAAAUAAGACAUGCAAUAUGAGUUAUUAAUUAGUCUUCUCCUCUUUGCAAUUGGCAUUUCCCGAGUGCUGAAAAAUGUAAAGGAAUUUUUCGUUGGGAAGAUGUUUGAGUAAUAGGCAGACUCGGUCCUGAAAACUGCUGUAGCUUAGAAGACACGGGUUCUUCAACAUGGACCAUGACACUGCCCCGUCUGUUGAACAAGUAGAAAGUCUUGGUGCCAA